GUUUCUGAUAAACAUUAUUUUAUAUUGCUUGAAAUAAAACUGAAAUAAACCUUGCGUCAUUACCAAAUAUGUUAUUACUCGUUCAUGUCAACUGGUCGGAUUUAUUUUAGUAUUGACACAGAGUGAAAUGAUAAAUUAUCGCUUUGUAUUACCUGGUAUUUAAUUACAAAACGCACAAAUUUAAGUAUACAACUGAACACGUCCCUGCUUGAGUUGCGUGACGUCAAUAAUCAUUGGAAUGGCCGCAAGUCAGCCAAAGGCUAAUCGAAAGAACAUGGGGGCAAAUGGCUGCCAUAAUAAUGCGUAGGUGCCGUGCGACAAGUGUUGAAAACGUGAAAAAAGACGUGUAAAAUGUUGUUGAAGGGCAUCAAGGCCGACAGGAAGAAUCGGAGGUGUAAUGGAAAAAACACUAAAGCCACGGCCGGAAAUAGCGCAGGUGGCGCAUCAUCAACGGUAACAAGGAGUUCAGUGACCUCAAACAAUCGUACACAUUCGAACCGGAGGAUAAGCCACCAACGUCAUCAGCCUAAUCAGUUGCAGUCUGCAACUUCAUUGGCAUCUUUCAGCGGCAUCAUUGGAAGAAAUUCGGAUGAUCUGGGAACAAGGAGUAAUUCCAGUCAAGACGUUUGUGAUAAUUCAAACGAUUCUGGUCUCGGUUUUGAGGAAAGGCAGCAACUUCUUAAUAAAGCUACUGUCUGGAACGGUGUCGGGGAGGAGGAUUCAAAGAGGAGGAAAAUGGACAUUAAAUUGGAGUCUGAAGAUGCUAACUUUGCAUUUCCUGAAGUAGCCCAGAGUUCGACUCCUGAGAGCAAGAUUUCCGUCAGGAACAGUGCAAACAGCAUCGGAACCUCAAUCUCACGUACGGGUAAUGGAGCUGGCACCAUCGGCAGAAUUGUGGGGAUCACCAGACCACGUCCAGCCAUGGGUGUUCUCACCAAAAGGGCUCCCAUCACCCAUCAAGGUCCGGUUACCCUCAGUUCUCAACUUAGUAGUAUAUCCAGAGAUGGGAAGACACAACUUCAAAUAAUCUGCCAACCAGAGCAACAACACAGAGCGCGGUACCAGACUGAAGGAUCUCGUGGAGCAGUGAAGGAUCGGACCGGAAAUGGAUUCCCGAUCGUUCGCCUGGUAGGCUACGACAAACCCGCCACUCUUCAGGUAUUCAUCGGCACCGACCUAGGUCGUGUUGCCCCGCACAUGUUUUACCAGGCAUGUCGCGUGAGUGGGAAAAACUCGACACCCUGCGUUGAAAGGAAGGUUGAUGGUACGAUAGUGAUAGAAGUAGACAUGGACCCUACAAAAGAUAUGCUCGUUACAUGCGACUGCGUUGGCAUACUCAAAGAAAGAAACGUCGACGUAGAGCACAGGUUUCCGCAAGAGGCUGGUGUUCUUCAAGGACGCAGUAAAAAGAAGUCCACUCGUUGUCGUAUGGUUUUCCGUACGAUUAUCACUCAUCCCGAUGGAAGUACGGAGACCUUACAAGUCUGUUCUCAGCCCAUAGUCUGCACACAACCACCAGGUAUCCCUGAGAUCUGCAAAAAGUCUCUCACAUCUUGUCCGACGACAGGAGGUUUGGAGCUUUUCAUCCUCGGUAAAAAUUUCCUUAAAGACACACGCAUAGUCUUUCAGUUGGACAACGAAGACCCCUCGAGCAGCAUGGAGCCCCAUUGGGAGUGCGCAGUACUUCCCGACAAGGAGUUUCUUCAACAGACUCAUCUGGUAUGCGUAGUUCCCGCAUAUAGACGUCAGGAUCUAGAGCCGACGGAGACUAUCAGUGUAAAACUAUUUGCUGUGUCUUCUGGAAAGACGAGCGAACCACACACCUUUCUAUACACCUCAGUUUCAACUCCUCCCGAACCUUCAGUGGGAAAAGUCGAAAUAUCAAGUCCACCGCUUACACAGCCCAACGACACAGGCUUGUUAAGCUCUUCCACGCCUGCUAAUCUCGCAUCCAGUGUCCCCACAAACACUCUAAUGUCGCAAGCUGCCGCAGGAUCUUCCGGUUUUUUAACAGCGAUUCAACAGCCAUCACAGCAGCAGCAGCAGCAAUCGCCACAGCAGUCGCAAUCGGAAAUUCUAAAAAGUGACCCCAGUCCUCCACCCGCUACGCCACAAGUAACACCGGUGAUGCUGUGGGCCUCGCCGGGGUCGAACUGUCAGAAUUCCGCUGCGGAUGUGAUGAUGCCACCACCAUUAGUUGCGAAUCAGCUGAUAAGCCGGAGGUCCUCUUCGAACCUGCAAAUGAUCCUUCCGGACAACUUGAAGACCGAGGUACUGGAUGAGAACAGUGAGAGUAGCAUACUAAGCGACAACAGCAUAGUUGGUGUUUCUACACCAAUACAUAAUGGGGCUGCAGGAACAAGCCCUCUUCAGCAAAUCGCCAAUGAAAAUUCUCGAGAUGCUACUCAGUCUGGGUUGGUUAGAAACGUUCCUGUCCCGAAUACUGGCUCUCCGGUUCAGGAUGGCUUGUUGGGUGUGGUUGAUCUCAUUAGAAACCAGCAUCCUCUCUCUCUUCCACCUCAGCAUCAAACACCCUUCUCAGGGUUACAUGAGUCUUCUCAGGUAAAAGUGCUUAGUCCGCAUCAUAUAAGUAAGGACUCUAGUCCAAGCCUCCAAAACGAAGGUAGUUCAAACGGAAACAAUCAAGGUGCAGGAGUUGUGGAUCUUCGAAUGAAACAACACCAAUCUGAAUACAACGCUCUAGGUAAUUUCACUCCCGUCGGUCAACCUCUUCCCACACAAAGUGGUCGCAGUGUCGAAAAUUACCUUAAUCAAAUUGAGGCAUUGCCCUUGGUACCGGCACCUAAGGAACCAGAACCACAAGAUAGUAACUUUGUGGGUGCGAUACAACAACGUGCCUCUAUUAUUGCAACUGGUCGGCAGCAACUGCAACAACAAUCUUCUAAUAUCCUUGCGGCAGCAGCCCCAACUGCCACAUCAGACUCUCUCGUUACUCCAAAUGGAGAGCCACACCAGAUCGUUUCGCCCCUACGGUCGCUUAAUACGAGUCCACCCACUAUAAUGGGACACGUCCCUACGGUUGUUGAACACGAUACGUUAUCAAGUCCACAGCAAGGUAACAGACCUAGUCCACCAGUGCCAGUGAAGACGAUGCUUUUGGAGGCUCUGCUUCCGAAUCAACAGCCUCUCACGAUCUCUCCGAGCAACACUAAUUCAGCCACUACGAAUGUAGUUCCUGAACAGACUCCUCAAGAUAAUUUACUUACAACGAUUAACGCCGCCUUAUUACCAUCGAUACAGGAGGCACCGAUCGUCACUGCCCCUAGUGCAGUUAACGGCACAGUCAGCGUUACUUCUCACAAUCCACUCCAGGUCACUAGCGAAGUGAUGCCUCGAGCUCCUGAGCAUAUACAGCUCCAAACCCUAUCUCAACAAAACGUGGUCACCAUGCAGCAACAGGUUCAACAGGUCGAGCAGGUUGUUGCUCAAGCUCAGCAACAGGUGGAGCAAGUGGUUGCACAAGCGCAGCAACAGGCGGUGCAGGCAGUACAACAAGCACAGCAGCAAGUCGUGCAACAAGUCGUUCAACAUGCUCAAGUUGUUCAGCAAGCUGUGCAACAGGUGCAAGCCGUGCAACAAGUCCAGGCAGUUCCAGCUGUUCAGCAGGCUUUUCAACAAGCUACACAAGAAGUUGUUCAGCAAGCCGUUCAGCAAGCCACUCACGAGGUCGUGCAACAAGUGCAAGCUGUUCAACAGGCUGUUCAGCAAGCGCAAGCAGCCCAAGCUAUGCAGCAAGCCGUUCAACAAGACAUUGGUUCAAUGUUGAAUCAACCUGCUGGCUUUGUAGCCGAAGCCAGUUCUGCAUUGGCCAGUGGCGCCGCACAGGAGCCUUGUCAACAGAGACUGACAACGGCUGCUGAACAAGCAAUUAACAAUGUCAUCACCAACGCCACUCAGGACAUCAUCAAUAACAGACCCAUAACCACCACCACCGCACACGCCAUCAUCGCAACCAAGAACAUACUCAACAGUGUUGCGACGCAAAGCGCUCAGCUUAUGAACACUGCGAUGGAAGGAAUUCUUCCCAAAUCCCCCUCAGGUCAGGGCAAUAUUGUUGAUCAAGUUAGGAACAAGUCUCCUUCUAGAACGGCGAUUCCAGUAUCUGCUAAUAGGCAGAAUAUCAAUACUAACAUUCAGAAUGCCGCUGCUGCAACGAACAAUCCGAAUAACGGGAGGAAAUCUGAGGAUACGGAAGGAAUGCUGCCACAGGAAUUUACUUCAAUGUCAGACAGUGAACUCUUGCACUAUAUAAACCCAAAUUGUUUCGAACAUAACGAAGGAUUUCUUAUGUAGGGAUACGUCGAGCUAUACCGUGAAUUGAAACCUUACAUUGUAAAAUCAACUUCUUGAUCUUUGCUUUCCAAAUCAGUACUAUUAAAAUGAGCAAAGACGGAAUAUUUAAGAUUGGCAAGAGAAUAUUUUUACGUACGGUGAAAAUUCAAAAUAAAUAUGGAGAAUAUUUUACAGUUUAAGGAGUAUAAUUCCUUGAACUAAGUUUGUGAAUUGUAUGGCCUCUGACUCUAUCAAUCUAGUUGUAUAUUAAGAUUGAUCGUUUAAAACUAAUUAUCGACUCAGUUUGAGCCCCGAGAUAGUGAAGAAGAAAACCGUAGAGAUGGAGGAGAAAAAAUGGUUUGAACGAAAGACUUAAUCUUCUUUGCUAUUCCAUGGCUUGAAUGUAUUUGUUCUAUGUUACAUUUCUCGACGACAAGAGGAUUUACAGCCCAGGUCAAUUUUGAGAAGAUUCCGGCGAGCUUCCUCUCUGACUGUCGGUGAAAAAUUAUUAUUCUAUUGAUAAGAAGGACGGGCGCAGGAGAGCGCGACAGUUAGAUAUCCUUGUACUUUUUUUUUGUCAGAAUGAAACGAUAACUAUUUAUCUUUCUUCGUACCAGAGCAACGAGGUGCCUUUCCAAGCGAAAAGUAUUUUCGCGAGGGAUAUUCUGUUCUUGAGUGAAAGAAACUAUUAAUAUAACUUAACGAUAGAUAUCCUACUGACCCCACUCAAUGAUGAACUUUAUACAGAGGAGCUGAAUUGAGUGUAGCCGAUUUAUGAUAACCGCAUCUUGAUGAAAAUGAUGAGGAAGUAAUUCUAUGAAUUGUUGAACACUUCUUUGACUUGAUUUCAUUACGUAUAAUGGAUCAUCUUUGUUGUUUAGUUUCGUUUGGUAUUUUUUCCGCAAACGAAAAAGGCGGAAUUUUCACGGGUUUAGCCGUAGCAUUGUGCCUUUUUCAUUCGCGCACGUUAAUUACAUUGUUUAAUUAUUGAUUAAUUUGUUAUUAAUUAGCACUAAGCUAGUUUUGUGAUUAUGUUGAUGCUAUCAACAAUUAGUGAAAAAAUAUAACAGAGAUUAUAUUGUAUGUCAUUGUGAAGAGUGGAUAAUGAAAUUGUAUAUGAAAA